AGAGGAAAGAAAAAGUGGGUGUACACACACUAGUUGUGUGGUGCUGUGUGUGGCUCUCUACGGUGCUUCAGUUUAGAUGAGCUCACUCAGCCGAUGCGCACAUCGUUGGAUGCUACCAAUGUGAGAAGAGCGCAAGGACGGUAGUCAGAGAGGAGGACUGGACGCUUUCUGUGCGCACAGGCUGCGGACUUUCUGCUGCGCAAAGUGAGAGAAUAGAGAGAGAGGAUUCGCCUCUUGUGUUGGAGGAAAGAUGCGAUGGAUGUGAGGUUGCCUGGAUGGAUGUGAAUCCACUCUUGUAUCGCAGACUGGACUGGACUCCGGCUGAUGAGAAGAAGAAGAAGAAGCCUACUUUAAACACAUUUUGGUCCUUUUUUCUCUCCUCUUUUGUUCUAAAAUGCCAGGAUCCGGUCCAUCAUCAUAUUAUUAUUCUGUCCAGUUCAAGCCAGGCUGCUCAUUUGGAAGGACGCCAGACCUCCAGCCUCUCAAAUCUGCAAGUUCAGUCCAAUAAAUUGUGACAUUGUCUGUCAGCCUUUGGAAUAAGAAAUCGAUACUCAAGAGAGAGAGAGAAAAAAAAAGGUGGAUAUUCUUCCGGAAUUUUAACGAUCCCAUUUCCUAUCCUUAUAAAUAUGCGAUUUUGGUUGGAUUAGGGUUGGUUUGGUCCAGCUCCACGCUUUUUUUGCGGCUGAUAGUGACUGAUUAUUGCUGUUGAUUUUUGUGUCCAUGCAAGACUCCGGGUGGAAACAUGUCUGGCCACUUCUUUGAGAGGAUCACUGCUAUCAGAGAUGGCAUUUUGGUCCAGCACUUCGCUUUUCACCUCUAAAGUGCCAAGGAAAAUCUUAUUCAUGUUCACCCUCUCCCUCUCUGUCACCUACUUGUUCUACAGCUUGAUGAGCUGCUACAACUCGCUGCAGUUCCCAGUUUUGCAAGAGAAUUACGCGUACCAGGCGAGGCUGGUGACGGAGGAGACAACUUUUGUGACAUUGAGGGAGAAAGUUUACUCCGCUUCCCAGGGCUUUACCCAAUUCACCGAGGAGGAAGAGGAGAGGACCACGGAGGUUUCCAGCAGCGUGAAGGAUCACCAUGCCGAGGCCGAGCAACAACAAAGGACGGUGGAGUGGAUUAGGACGCAGGCGUCUCCAACGAAGUCGUCGUCGUAUCGCACCGACGCGCUGGUGGAGAGGGAGCGCCAGGAAUUCAGCACCACGGACAGCGACCUCAGGGUGAACUGCACCAUGGAUUAUGGAGAGAAGAAACUUCCCCAAGCCAUCAUCAUCGGGGUGAAGAAAGGGGGGACCAGAGCUCUGCUGGAGGCUCUCAGGGUGCACCCGGACGUCAGAGCCGUAGGGAAUGAGCCACACUUCUUUGACAGGAACUACGAGAAGGGGCUCGACUGGUACCGAGACCUGAUGCCUUCAACGCUGGAAGGGCAGAUCACCAUGGAGAAGACGCCCAGCUACUUUGUGACUAACCAUGCCCCAAAGCGCAUCCACUCCAUGGCCAGAGACAUCAAGCUUAUUAUCGUGGUGCGUAAUCCCGUCACUAGAGCCAUUUCAGACUACACGCAGACUUUAUCCAAGAAACCAGAGAUCCCCACCUUUGAGGUUCUGGCUUUUAAGAACCGGACGCUGGGUCUCAUAGACGCCUCGUGGAGCGCGUUGCGUAUAGGAAUAUAUGCGCUCCAUUUGGAGAGCUGGAUGCAGUAUUUCCCGCUCUCCCAAAUGCACUUUGUCAGCGGGGAGAGGCUCAUCGUGGAUCCCGCGGGCGAGAUGGCCAAAGUGCAGGACUUCUUGGGACUCAAACGGAUCGUCACAGACAAACACUUUUACUUCAAUAAAACGAAAGGUUUUCCGUGUCUGAAGAAGCCGGAGGACAGCAGCACGCCCAGAUGCCUCGGCAAGUCUAAAGGGAGAACUCACCCGAAAAUCGACCCGGACGUGAUUCGGCGGCUGCACAAGUUCUACAAACCCUUUAACAUGAUGUUCUACCAAAUGACCGGCCAGAACUUUGAAUGGGAGCUGGCGGAGGACAGUGAAGCUCGCAGCUCUCAGGACUAGCAGACUGCGGCACGGCGCAGCGCAGCCACACCACCAGCCUUCUUCAAUAAAACUACUAUUGUCCUCGCUUCGUCUUCAGAGAGAGUGCUUGAGCACGCCAAUCAAUCAUGGCUGUCUUUGCAGUGUCUGUAUCCAUUAGCAAGAGUUUACUGACAUGCUUUUUCUCUCUCCCUUCAAUACUAAUGUUGUUGAUGAUGGCAAAUCAUUAUUGUAUAUACUAAACAUAAAAAUAUAUUUAUAUUUGUGAAAAGGAGAUGAUUUAUUCCUUUUUGUUUUUAAAAAGCAUAGAGCUGAUAUAAAAAUCAUGUUGACUAUGGCAAUGCAUGCGAUAAGUUAAGUGUCCUUACCUCAUGAGCCCCAAGGCUAAACUCUGCCUGUUUCUUCUCCCUUUACUUUCCUGCAGUUUGUUGCCCUCACGCCCACUCACCAGCAUCCAGUACAAAAAAGAUAUUCUAUUUCAAUGGCUAAGGCCAUGAAGUGCUCUGUAUUCUGUCUUUUCACGCUGUCCUGCUGCUUUAGAAGAGAGAGAAAAGAGAACAAUGAUAGACACAUAGUACAAUAAUCCUCUGACACGCGCUCAUCUUUUCAGUUGUCCGUAUUUGGAGUGGAGACAAUCCUGUUUUUUUGUCAGUCUAAGUUUACCAAAGUGUUAAUUUACUCAGUGUUCUAGUUUGCUCUGCACUUCAUUAGAUCGCACACAUAUUCAAUGAGAGAGCUGAUGUACAGUGGCCAUCAUUCAAUAAUUGGAUUGUUUUCACUGCAUAGUUGAACAUUAGCAUACUGAUGGCCAUGCACUCAGAUGCGGUGCAGUAUCAGUGAUUUUGGCAUAAUUUGACAAAUGAAUCCAUGCACUACAAAUAUCAAGGGUUAGCUGCGGAUCAAACAAUUCUGCAUCUUGACAAAAACAAUUUCCCUGUCGCCUAAACAUCAGUUAGCUCUCGACUGUUUGACUCGUGACCCUCCUCUUGUCGCAGUAAUACAUGUCAAAGAGGACCGAGCAGAAGUUUGUUAACAAACAUCUGCUGCGGUCUUCUGUCGUUAGAGAUUAAUGGCGUGUUAAAUAAACCGCCGCCGCUGGAACAAUGUCAAUGUCAGAGAGAAUUUGCUGUCAAGGAAAAACCACAUACAUGCCCAGGUAAAUUACCAAGCCAUUACUGUAUGUACUUAACUUGAAUGAGAUGAUGUGUGGCAGGGAAAUGUGCUGUAAUCAGAGGCUUACUUGUGAACAGCAGGACUAACGGGGCGGAUGUUUGUGUGGAAAAUAACAGGGUUUUGCUGUGAAAUGCUCCUUUACUCAUGCAAAUGAAAUAACAACACUGACCCAUCAUAUUUUUCUUUAUUCUUAUUUUUUUUUAUUUUGCAUAACUCGCUGUGCGUCUGUCUGUUGUCUCUGGACUAUUCAUCAAUUGAGACAAUCAAUACAGCCAAUGAGUCAAUAAAUACAGUCUGCUACACAUCACUGGGUGCUACAGCUAUGAUGCAUUGCUCUGUUAAUCCUCCCUGUUCCCUGGCUAUGGAUGGCUGGAUUGGUUCCCUCUCCGCGGACCUCUCUGUCACCCUGGGGAGGCCGGCACCAGCAGCUACUUACACAGAGCAAUUGAUUCAAUCAAAGUAAGCACUAUACUGCCCUUUGUAGCGCCAAGCCUGAACACUUACCUCGGAGUAUCACUAUCCCAGAGUCACAACUUCCACUUUGAGGCUUUUUCUGUGCAGCCAUCUCUCAGUGCUUUCUUGACAAUAUUUCUUUCUCUCUGCACUUUUACCUCCUCUCUCUCUUUCUCUCUCUCCCUCUCUCUCUCCACACACACGUCAUCCUCUGAGCCGAUACGGCGCGGCGGGAAGCCGUUUCACAAAAGGCAUAGUGCUCUGUAUAGCCUGAAGGUAACUGCAUGCUAAUCAUACAUUUAAAAAAAAAAAAGGGGACAUAUGAAAAACUCACUUUUUAGUGCUUCUGCACGUACAUUCAGCAACCUUGUCUCCUGCAAAAUUACAUUCCCAUACAUCUAAACUGCAUUCCUCAAUUUCAUUUCGAGGGAAUGAAUGUAUGUAUUUUCUCCUGGCUCGAUCACACUUUUAAACACGUGGUUAACAUUGUGAAUUAAAACAAAUCAAAACUACCUAGUUUGGUUUAGUAAAAAAAACAUCAUGGUUUGGCAUAAAAUGACUGACAUGAAUUUGAAUAAGUGACCGUUGACUUUUGGUUUCACAUUGGACACAAACACCGGUCUCCUGGGUGAAAGUCCUGUGUUUGCUUGCCCCAUCCACCCACCUGACCUUCUCCCUAUGUGGACUUCCUUCUUAAACCACUUCUAUCAACCCACAAACUGUGAAAUAAGACAACCCAGUCAGUUUUUUUGUGGGCU